AUAUCUUGCUGCAUUUCUUCAGUAAACGAGCGCAGCUCUGUGAGGCGGCGCUGUCAACCCCUGUGCCCAUGAGGGAGCUCCUCGUGUGGUUUCACUGAACUUCUGCCGGUGUCCCGAGGCUCAAUCCUGCCCGAGGUCAUUCCGAGCUCGCUGAGGAACACACGGGCAGGAUUUUGAUUUUAAUAAGCUUUUUUUACCCGAGCCAUUUGGAAAUCGUGGCCUGUGGGCUGCCCGUGGUCCCACCGGGCCUUCACAGCCGCAAUCCCGGAACAGCCCCGCGGCUGCAGCAGGAAUUGCACCGGAUUUUAAAAGAAUGCCAGCUGAGCUGAUCUCCUCACUGCCUCCACGUGUGUUUUCUGCACGGAUCAAAGACUCCAGCACCAGAGGGUCCCUGAGAUCUCAAAGGAACCAGACAAGAAACCUGAGGUGGAUCAGUGCAGCUGUGAAUGGAACACCCUGAGACCUGGAUGAGCCAGAGGAUGAGGGGCUGGAAAAGUUUGGCAGAGCUAUCAGAGUUCACAGAUUCCCAGCUCUGGAAUUGCUGCUGUCACAAUCAGUGCUGCAUGUGGGAGCCCAUCAGUUCAGCUGAGCCGCUUGGCAAGGCCAUGGCAGAAAAUUGUGACCAACAGAGGUGAAUCCUUCAUCAAGGUAACAAUAAAGUAAGAAUUGAAUCAGAAUAAAUAACGUGGAUAAAUGGAUCAUUUACCUGGAUAAUUGUCCUGCUCACCUGGACUGCUCAGCUGGAUAAAAUCUCCCUGCUGCCUCUGUAGCCUGUAUUUUAUUCCAGCAGUGCCCUCUGCUGAGAGCAUGGAAUGUGUGUCCCCAGAGCUUUUUUCCUCUCCCCAGCUGUCAGGUAUUUUCAAUCUAAGUUCUCAAAAAUCAUUUGCAUUUAAAAAGGUGGAGAAAGAAAAGCUACACUGGUGUUGAUACUGGUUUAUUAAUGAACAAGCCACAUGAAAUAAACACAAAAUAUCCUGCAGCAAGGGCAGGGGUAGUGGUGUUGGCUGGGUUUGAGCUGUGUUACCAUGAAAGGAUUAAGUGGGAAAAGGCAUUUUCUGGGCUGUUGGGGUCCAUGCUGGAGACACAGCACUGAUGUUUUAUUUCAGCUCCCUCAGCCCUCCAAACCCACAAAAUUCUGCUCUCCCUUUCCUGGCUCUCUAGUCCUUUAUGAUCUAAUUAAUCUGUGAGUUAAAGCCGGAUUCACUUCACUGGGUUUGAGAACAUCCUCGAAGGAUUUUAAACUGCAGGAGUGCCCACCCAUCUCCCCAAGCCCUGGGCAGGUUUUGCUCUUGUCAAAGGUUGCUUCCAGCAGCUCAUCCGUGUGGGAAACGUGUUCUGCAGUUUGGGCUAUCCUAGCAACUCCCAGGGACUGGCACAGCCCCCAGCUGGCAACCCAAACAUUUAAAAACACACCUGGUUAAAGUUUAACCCCUGUGAUGAUGAUGAUGUGGCAGCAGGAGCUGUGUGUCAGGAGAGGAUCUCUGCCCUGGGACCGAGGUGGGAGCUCCGGGGGAGAAUGGGAUGAGCAGAGCCGGCCGAAAGGAGCAUUUCCCACCAUGAAUGGGUUCCCAAACUGCUCUGCCAACUACACCAAGGUCUGGAGUCAUUACUUGGUGCUGGCACUGGGCAUCCCCCAGCUGACCAUCAACAUCAUCUCCAUCAUCUUCAACUGCACCGUCAUCUUCACCCGCCUGGCCACCAGGGACCUGCACAAACCCAUCUCCAUCCUCUUCUGCAACCUGGCUGUCUCUGACCUCUUCACCAGCUUCUCUGGAUUCUGGAUUUCCAUGCUGUUCAUCACCAACCCCGACAUCACCAUCUUUGGCUCCCAGGACAUGCUGGCUCCCUACUCCCUGUACACCACGUCCAUCCUGUCCACCAUCUACAACCUGGUGAGCAUCGGCAUCGAGCGCUACCUGGCCGUGGCCGCCAGCAUGAGGACGAGGUUCAGGGUGGCCAGGAACCACUCCAUCGCCGUGGUCUUCAUCAACUGGGUCCUGGCUUUCUUCCUGGGCUGCCUGCCCCUGAUGGGCUGGAACUGCCUGCAGGCGGAGAGCAACGUCUCGGUGCUCUACAGCCCCUUCUGCGUCAACUACCUCGUCUUCAUCGCCAUGCCCAACGUGGCCGUGGCCUUCCUCGUGCCCCUCUUCACCUACCUGCGCAUCAUCCUCAUCCUGAGGAAGAGGAAGCUGAGGAUGCAGGCGUGCGGCCAGGCCACGGGCACCUACAAGUCGGCGGAGACGCAGGUGGCCAGGACCAGCAUCUCCAUCUGGCUGCUGGCCCUGGUGUCCUACGCGCCCUUCCUGGCCGGCGUCGCCUUCGACGCGGCCAACCGGCGCUGCCACGGCGAGCUGUACCCCGGGGUGUACAUCUUCAGGAACUGCACGGCCAUGCUGAUCACCCUCACCUGCCUGGGUAACCCCGUGCUGUACACGCUGAAGCUGAGGGCGCUGGGGGCCAGGCUGAAGGCGCUGCGGGGCCUCUCGGCCUCCCGGGCCUGCGCCAUCGGCCACGUCUGACCGGCGCCCGCCCGCCGUCCUGGGGUGGCUUUGUGAUGCUGCUGUCCCCAGUCCUGCGCUCUGGCCCUGCUGGAUAUUCUGCUCUGCGCCCUCCAGACUGGCUCAGGGCGAAGGCAGGAGCAGGAGUUUGUUAUCAGAGGCUGCACUCGCUCCUCUAAAAGCCACUCUCCUCCCCAUUCUGCUGGACUGUGCUGUGUGGGCACGGACGGAGCAGGACACAGCCCUCCUUUGCUUUUAGUUCGUUUAGCCAGCUGAGGCAGAGAAGCUUUCCCUGGAUUGGUUUUCUUUUUUUUUUCUUUCCCUUUUCUUGGAACUGUUGGAACCUGCUCCGGGACCUGGGGAGCAGCGAGAGCUUGUACUGUAAAUGCAGGUGAACCUGGUGGGCAGAAAUGCUGAUGUGUGACUCCAGCUCAGGAGGCUGAAUGAUUUCUUUAUUAGAACUGUGCCAUAAUACAUUAAUAUACUAUUUAAAGGAGAUACUAAAACUACAAACCUACUUUUUCUAACUGCCAUAUCUAACUCACAACUCGUGCCCCUCUCUGAGA